AGAGAGAAACAAAACAAUCUAUAUAGAAUCAUAUAAGUGUAGCUCUCAAAUCAAGGAAGAAAAUGAAAGGAGGAGAAAAACAAUAUGGGAAGAUGGAUAAAUUGAAGCCAAUACUAGCAAUCAUAUCACUCCAAUUUGGAUAUGCAGGCAUGUACAUCAUCACUAUGGUCUCCUUUAAGCAUGGCAUGAACCAUUGGAUCCUUGCUACUUACCGUCAUGUCGUCGCCACAAUUGUCAUAGCUCCUUUUGCUCUCAUUCUCGAGAGGAAAAUAAGGCCUAAGAUGACAUGGCCAUUGUUCUUUAGGAUUCUUGCCCUCGGAUUCCUAGAACCACUUUUGGACCAGAACUUGUACUACAUAGGAAUGAAAGCCACGUCAGCAACGUAUAGUUCUGCCUUUGUUAAUGCACUUCCUGCAAUUACCUUCAUAAUGGCAGUCAUUUUCAGGAUAGAAACUGUAAACUUGAAGAAGACACGAAGUCUUGCAAAAGUGAUUGGAACAGCAAUAACUGUGGGAGGAGCUAUGGUUAUGACGUUGUACAAAGGUCCAGCCAUUGAGCUCUUUAAGAGUGCUCAUACCUCUUUACACGGCGGCUCCUCGGGUAGCUCCUCCGAGACCACUGAUCAGAAUUGGGUUACCGGAACUCUAGCUGUUAUGGGUAGUAUCACAACUUGGGCAGGUUUCUUUAUUUUACAAUCGUUCACGUUGAAAAAAUAUCCGGCGGAGCUAUCACUAGUGAUGUGGAUUUGCGCCAUGGGAACGGUCUUAAACACCAUCGCUUCGCUCAUAAUGGUGCGAGACGUGAGCGCAUGGAAAGUCGGUAUGGACUCGGGCACACUCGCGGCUGUUUACUCCGGAGUUGUUUGUUCGGGUAUGGCGUAUUACAUACAAAGCAUUGUGAUUAGGGAACGAGGCCCGGUUUUUACGACAUCAUUUAGUCCUAUGUGCAUGAUAAUCACUGCUUUCCUCGGCGUGUUAGUUUUGGCUGAAAAGAUUCACCUUGGAAGUAUAAUCGGGGCGAUUUUCAUCGUCUUUGGGCUAUAUAGCGUGGUGUGGGGAAAAGCUAAGGACGAAGUGAUUUCCGCCGAAGAUAAAAUAGGAUUGCAGGAGCUGCCGAUUACAAACAUCUCCACAAAAACAGAGGGUGGUGGUAUGCCCAGUGCAGUAGACAAAAGUGUGGCUAACAAAACUUAAGUGUAACCCCAAUUAAAGGAAAUUUUUGAAG